AUGAUUAUUUGCUGCUCUAAAGUUGGACACCAAGUAAAGGUGGACAAGUGCAUCGUAGUCAAAGCCAAGAAUAUUGAAAGAGAACAAGAUUUGGAACGACGCCGUAUGAAAGAACCCGAUUCUGACCAAACAAGCACUUGUUCUUUUCGUAAAAGACGUGGAAAAGCGACCGGCAUACCAAACCCCAAAUUUGAACGAAACGACACACCACAUAGAACACCUAACAACCAAACACAAACACACCAUCUUAUUGUACCGUAG